CUUUAUUCCCUAGUCAUCCUCUUCACUCGCAAUCUGAUUUUUGGUUUCCGAAAGGUUAUCAUGGCUAACCUCGCUUCCAGGAAUCUCCACCGGGCUCUCAACGAAAGUCAGAAGAAAUUUUCCCAAUUUUUCUCAGCAGCCACUAUCAAAGGACCUUGGGAUAGUCCAUAUCUUGGGGGAACUUUUGUCGUGACCCUCCGGUCAGCUUCAAGACAGGUGUUUCACCCAAACAUCUCUGAGAAAGGGUUCGUCUAUCUUGAUAUGCUGAAGGAUAACUGGAGUCCUAGUGCUCAUGACUCUUUGGAGAAUGAUCCUUACCCCGAGAGUGCAGAACUACACCUUACCCCGAGAGUUCAGAACUACAAUAUGUUUGAUGAUAAUAUCACUCAAUUGUACAUCUCUGACAAGACACAAUACGACCUCAAUGCUCGUACAUGGACUCGUUCAUUUGCCAUGGAGUAAUGAGAACUUUUUCCCAUUUUGUUAUAAGAUUUUGUGGAAUGGACACCCUUUUGUCUUUUAUAAUUUCAUUUUUCGUUUCCCAUGGAGUAAAAGUGAACACAUGUUCUCCUUUAAUAACAAUAUAUCUAUCUAUU